UGCAACUCGAAACAUGAGCAUCUAUUCUUCUCUCCGCUUCAGCGCUUGCUUUGCGCACAUCUUCAGAAGUGGAUACUAAUUUUGGGAAGACACAAGAUUGGACCAGUGGGAAUUGUUGUGCUUCCAAUUCUGCCAAAGGGUUGAAAUAUUCAAAAGGUUUCGGAUUAUCGAUGUAAAUUCCGUAGUGAGCCAAUGAACCCAACAAUAUGCUUUAAUUCGAUUUCAGACUGAAGAUAAGCUUGACCCAGUGAAUUAAGUUAGGAAACUUUCUAUAAGGUGUAUGGCAAUUAUUGAAAUCUCCCUCCUGUUUUUAAAAGGAUCCAGCAAUGGCUGGGCUAUCUCGGGGCCAAUACGCGUAAAGGUAAGGAAGAGUGAGGAGCAUUGAUUAAAGGCCAAACCACAAACACAUCACAGCACACGUUAGUAAACAAAUCCCUACAACUUCACAUACAUACGCCGUCGCCUGCAAAUCGUAGAAGAGCAAGGUCCGAAUUUGCACACCGAAUCGAAGCUAGCAUCAAUGGCUCCCAAGCCGAAAGAGAAGCCGAAACCCUCGCAAUCGCAAGCAUCAAAGCCUGUAAUCGCCGUUGAAGAUCUAUUCACCACUCUCAAUCGACACAUCCAACGGUCGGAGUACGAGCAAGCUGUCAAAGUCGCAGAUCAAGUUCUGUCAAUUGUCUCUAACGAUGAGGACGCGAUUCGUUGCAAAAUCGUGGCUUUAAUCAAGGCUGAUAGCAUCGAUGAAGCUCUUUCGACUAUUGAGUCUUCUCGAAGGCUUCCGAUUGAUUUCAGUUUCUUCAAGGCAUACUGCUUCUACAGACAAAAUAAGUUAAACGAAGCUUUAGCAUCAUUGGAAGGCCAAGAGGGAAGUUCUGCAGCUAUGUUGUUACAAUCUCAGAUUCUAUUUCGUUUGGGAAAAUUGGAUGCAUCUUUGGAUAUUUAUCAAAAGCUUCAGAAAUCUAAGAUAGAGUCAUUGGAGAUAAAUCUUAUUGCUGGUUUGCUUUCUGCUGGGAGGGCUUCCGAAGUGCAAGGAGUGAUGGAGGCUCUCAGAGUAAAAGCAACUAGCAGCUUUGAGUUGGCGUACAACACUGCCUGUUCAUUAAUUGAAAGGAAGAAGUAUUCAGAUGCAGAGCAACUCCUACUGUCAGCUCGAAGAAUUGGUCAAGAAACGCUAAUGGAAGAUAAUUUGGCUGAUGAUGACAUAGAGAUCGAAUUGGCUCCCAUAACUGUACAGUUGGCACAUGUUCAACAGCUCCUCGGACACACACAAGAAGCCAUUGAAGCUUACACAGACAUUAUAAAGCGAAAUCUGGCAGAUGAAUCAUCACUUGCAGUGGCAUCAAACAACCUCGUAUCAUUGAAGGGUCCAAAAGACGUCUCUGAUAGCCUAAGGAAACUUGAUCGAUUAAUAGAUAAAGGCAGCGGGCCACAGAUUUUCCAGCUUGCUCGUGGACUUGACCUAAAGCUUUCACCCAAACAAAGGGAAGCAAUAUAUGCCAAUCGGGUGCUUCUGCUUCUUCACUCUAAUCGGAUUGAUCAGGCUCGAGAACUUGUUGCUGCACUGCCAGACAUGUUUCCUUAUAGUGUGAUGCCGGUACUGCUUCAAGCUGCAGUUUUGGUGAGAGAGAACAAGGCUGGCCGAGCUGAAGAAAUACUAGGCCAAUUUUCAGAGAAGUUCCCCGACAAGUCGAAGGUCGUUCUCCUUGCAAGGGCGCAAGUUGCUGCUAGUGCUGGCCACCCUCAAGUCGCAGCCGAGUCCCUCUCAAAGAUACCGGACAUUCAACACAUGCCAGCCACUGUCGCCACCCUCGUAUCUCUCAAAGAACGUGCAGGAGAUAUCAACAGUGCAAUUGCUGUGUUUGAUUCUGCGAUCCAAUGGUGGUCAAAUGCCAUGGCUGAAGACAACAAGCUCAAUGUCAUUAUGCAAGAGGCAGCAUCAUUUAAGCUCAAGCACGGUCGGAAGGAGGAGGCUGCCCGGUUAUACGAAGAGCUCGUCAAAAGCCACGGAAGUAUUGAGGCUUUGGUUGGACUAAUUAAGACCACUGCUCAUUCAGAUAUUGAUAAAGCGGAAGCUUAUGAGAAGCAGUUGAAGCCGUUACCUGGUUUGAAGUCCGUUGAUGUCGAUAGUUUGGAGAAGACUUCCGGUGCAAAGCAUGUUGAAAGCGUGCUUCAUGGGGGGAUUACCGAGCAAUUUGAAGUGAAGGGUAAGGAAAAAGCGAAGAAGAAGAGGAAGAGAAAGCCAAAGUAUCCAAAAGGGUUCGACCCUGCAAACCCAGGUCCUCCACCAGAUCCAGAACGGUGGCUACCUAAGAGGGAGAGGUCGAGUUACAGGCCAAAGAGAAAGGAUAAGAGAGCGGCUCAGGUGAGAGGUUCGCAGGGUGCGGUGGCGAAAGAGGCUGUCAAUGCUAAUGCAAAAUCAAACCAAACAACCAACGCGAAGGCAGCCUCUUCGCAGAAUGCAAUUGCAGAGCAAUCCAAGCCUUCUUCCAAGUCGUCUAGGAAGAAGUCAAGGAAUUAACCCAGGAAUAGAACAAUAUUGUUUGUUUUGCUUUUCUGUUUUUUAGUUUUUGAGGAGAACAACAUUUUGUUUUUGAUGUCAUUAGGGACUAAAAUUUCGAUGAUCUUGUCAUGUGCCUUCAUGUUGUCUUUUGAGCAUAUACAAAACCUUCAGACCUGGCCAUAUGAUGCACCAAAACUACAAUUUUUUACCAAAAUUGAGUGAUUUGUAAUUUUAUUUCUCAAAUAUUUGUGGUUUUUAGCUUAUUUACCGAACUUGGGUAGUUUGUGAAUGUCAGAGUUUGAGAAACUUAGGAGACCUGUGUGGGAAAUAAGAUUCCAAAUUUUUGUAAUAA